AUGGAUACUCCAGAAUUUGCACAUAUACCCACCGGCGCAUCUUCUCUCCCAGACGAUGCUCCUACGCAAGCAUGGGACCCUUACGGCUCGGAUCUUGAAGACGGCGAGAUUCAGGAAGACGAGCCAUCCGGAAACGGUGACUCCAUGGACCAAGACAACACCUCGCUCAAGUCUGGUGAAGCAUCUCCUUCCCCACCACCCUCUGAUUCAACUCCCAGCAGCAGCUCGUCUUCCUCCGGCGACUCUGCGUCCCGUGGCGCCAUUCUUCUCCGCGCGGUCCACGACGCCUGUCUCAUGGCCACACAGCGCUACCUGAGAUCUCACCACAGCAACUGGCGCCUCCGCAAAGGAUCCCCGUAUCCUCCACGAUCUGCUGCUGGAAAUGGAUCGAGCCCUGCUGGCUGCAGCCCCCAUUCUACGCAGUCUUCCCCUCAUGGCUCCUCAGCCGGCUCCGACGCCGUCGAGUCCCACGGCCAUAGGAACAGCCCCCUCGGCAGCCCGCCACGGAGCGACCCCAAUAACAACAUCGACACUUUCGUCCCCACCGGCACCGACUCCGUGCUAGCCAACACGGCAGCGAUCUGCACACUCAUGUGGCGCCGCGCCCAGGCCACACGCCUGCUGUCGCUGGGCGCCGAGAGCGCGGCCAUCGCGGACAUGCGCAAGCUGACGGUGUGGGCCGAGGUCGUCGUCCUGACGAGCCGCCGCGCCCGCGUGGCGCCGGACCCGGCGCUGGCGGUGGCGUACAUCAUCGCGGCCGGGCGGGCGCUGUGCCGCUUCCUCGAGGACGAGGACGCGCUGGCCAUGAUCGACGAUGCGCUGCCGAUCCAGUGGAUCGAGGUUGAUCUGGACUUGGACUACCUGGGGAGUUUGGUCCAUUAG